CGCUUGUACACUACCUUUCUACCUUUCUCCACUCAGUGAACGGAGGAUGUGACCUUUAUGUGCAUGUCGGACAUUUGAGGAUCAGCGUGGAGUCUGGUUUUUAUUUUUAAUUCAUACUUUAAUGAGGAUCAGUGCGCGUCCACAUCUCCAAAACGCGCCGCCUAAAGGAUGAGGAAGGAGCUUCAGUUCAGGUGACACAAGCUGCAGCCUGUUGAUCAGACUUGUCUUUUAUUUCACAACGAGGGCGUGAGGAGCCAGUCUGAAAGAUGGCUCCUGAAACAGUGACUUGGUUCUUCUUGCUGACGUCCUUCUCCACCCUGCAGCUCAUCCACACGAGGCCAGCAGAGACCUGGCUCUCCACCAGACCCAACUGACCAACCAUCUCCACACCUGUCACAGACACAGAGGGGAGGCAACAUGCCGGUGGCCCGCAAGAAGAGGGUGCUCUGCAUGAUGAUGAUGCUCAACAUCUUCAUCUGCGUCCUGGUGGGCGUGUCGUGGAACCUUGGGCGUGACAAAAGUGGCCGUCAGAAGGUUCGAAUCCCACUCAAGAAGUUCUGGCACCAGCCGGUUCUGAGCAAAUCCUUCUGGAACAGGGAGCAGCAGCGUCUGGACUUUAUUUACAACCCUAUCGUCAACUUUUUGCUCUCCAGCAACCCUCUCAUCGAGCUUCCUGAUUGGCUGAAUGAAACCAGGCCGCUCAACCCCUGUGAACCGGACUACAGAGUCUCCACACAAAUCCCUGACUACAACACUCUGCCGCAGCGCUUCCAGGAUUUUCUUUUGCACAUGCGCUGCAGGACGUACCCCAUGGUGAUAAAUCAGCCCCAUAUUUGUGAUGAGAAACCCUUCCUGCUGCUGGCGGUCAAGUCACUGAUCCCACAUUUUGACCGGCGACAAGCUAUCCGAGAAACGUGGGGUCGAGCAGGCAUAGUAACCAAUCGGACCGUGGUGACGGUGUUCCUGCUGGGCAACACCUUGUCAGUAGACCACUUCCCAGACAUGCUGGGGAUGCUGGGCCACGAGGCAAAGCUUCACAAUGACAUCCUCCAAUGGGACUACAGGGACACCUUCUACAACCUUACCCUGAAAGAGGUCCUCUUCCUUGAGUGGUUCAGCCAAAACUGUCCCCACGCCCAGUACGUCCUCAAGGGUGACGAUGAUGUCUUCGUCAACACCUUACGAAUUAUUGACCUCCUGGAAGGUCUGUCAGACAAGAAGGCCAAGGAUUUGUUCAUAGGGGAUGUUAUCAGUAACGCCGGUCCACACCGAGACAAAAAACUCAAGUACUUUGUCCCAGAGAGUGUGUUUGUGGGGCGAUACCCACCUUACGCAGGAGGUGGAGGAUAUCUGUACUCUGGGGAGUUAGCGCUACGUCUUUACAAUGUAUCCCAGCAGGUAGUUUUAUAUCCCAUUGAUGAUGUUUACACAGGGAUGUGUCUGGAAAAGCUGGGGCUGGUUCCUGAGGAUCACAGCGGCUUCAGGACUUUUGACAUUGAGGAGAAGCAAAGGACCAACCCCUGCGUCCACAGGGGCCUGAUCCUGGUUCACAGCCGGACGCCACAGGAGAUGUUAACGAUCUGGCCGUGGAUCAUCCAUCCUGAGCUCAACUGCCAAUGAACACGUUCAUCUUUGUUUCAUCUUUUUAUUAUGUUAAGUCCUCAAGUCCUCUGAGUUUUAUUCUAAAGUCACCAAAGUAAGUUACUGACUGUUUACAAGGCGACUUUGUCUGCUGUUUUCUUUUCCACCAGCUGAAUUAUAUUCAUGUUAAAGAAAACGUUUGAUGAAUGAGCUCUCUGAAACAUUAGCAUGUGUACGUGAUAUUCUUUUGAAGUCCAAAUUCUUGCAUGCAUGUUAACUGCACACAAACAAAUGCAAUGUGAUCACGUAGAAAUACCUGAGCGAGCCGUGAACACAGGAGAGGUCAGGGAUACAGGGACAAGACAUAAAAGAGUACUUCACAUUCUUUCUGCUUAGUGGCACAUAGAACAGGGGCCGAAAAGUUUGUUGAUAAAAUAAAUAAAAUCAACCUGUAUUAAAACACAAUUUAAAAAGAUAGGUCUUUAAUUUCUUUUUAAAAAUAGCUAGGGAGACUGCCAUUCUCAGAUCCAAAGGGAGAGUGUUCCAUAGUUCAGGGCCAUAAAAACAGAAAGCAGCUUCACCAGUUCUCUUGUGGGACACCUUAGGAACAGCUAAGAUGGAAGAUCUGAGAGUUCUUGUUGGGGCAUAAGAAGAAAGGCAAUAACUGAUAUAAGAUGGUGCUAGAUUAUUUAAGGCUUUAUAAAUGAGUAAAAGAACUUUAAAAUCAAUUCCAAAAGAAACAGGCAACCAGUGCAAUGAUGCAAGCUGAGGGCUAAUGUGAUCUCUAUUUUUCGUAUUUGUUAAAAUCCUGGCUGCAGCGUUCUGAAUAACUUGUAGUUUCUUAAAAGACUUUUUAGGGAGACCAGUAAGAAGGAAGUUGCAGAUAAAAGCAUGUAUAAGUGUUCCAGCAUCGUUCUGAGUUAAAAAAAAGAAAGGUCUAAUUUUGGCAAUGUUUCUGAGGUGAAAAAAAUAUGUUUUUGCAACUCUGUUAAAAUGGCUAAUAAAAUUAAGAUCAGAGUCUAAAAUCACACCCAGGUUUGUGACAUGUGAUUUAAUCUGCUGGGACAGACUACCAAACUUUGACUGAAGUUUCUGCCUUUCUUCUGGUGGACCAACAAGUAAAAUCUCUAUUUUCUGCUGGUGUAGUUUAAAAAAAAAAAAUGUAUUCAUCCAAAUGCGUAAAGGUGCAGACACACCAAACCGACAUCAAAGAACUAGCGGCGACGAAAGCCAACUGUUGUCGCCCUGUGUCAGUUGCAUUUGAACACACUACACGGACUACAUCCGACGGCCAAGUAGCAUGUACGUUCUGCGCCUGCGUGAGAGAGAGCAGAGUGAGAGAGUGGUACAUCCUGUCAGCCGAGGGGUUUUCUAUCUGUGCAGCCGAGCACCGCAGCACCUUCCCACAAGUGCUUCUUCCCACUUUAACCUGAAUAACAAACCAGGGCUCGGUGCUCCGGUUGGAACCAAACGGAGAGCCGGGGCUAGCUCAGAGACUAGCGGAGGCUAACUGGCUGUGCUUCCCUCCAGUCAUGCUGCGGCUAACGCUCUGCUAGCCGCUCCCAGCUAGCUCCGGUUUGUUAUUCAGGUUAAAGUGGGAAGAAGCAGCGGGUCUGUGGGGCAGCUGAGUGAAGUGGAGCCUGAGGAGGAAGCACAGGUUAGCCCCGGUUUCACUACAGGCAGAUUCACUCGCUACAGGGGCGAGGAAAUAAAACCUAAACAGCCAAUCAGAGUGAUCUCUCUCACCGACAAGCUCCGCCGCCGAUUCAACAUGCUCAAUCGGCCGACGCCGAAGUGCUGACGGUGUGGGACACACCGCAAAAACUAGGGCGACAGACGCUCACCGACGGCCCGACUUUGGUCGACGGCCGACCGUCGGCUUGGUGUGUCAGGGCCUUAAGACAGGAAAAAGAGCGUUUAAAGAGAUAUAUAAUUGCAUAUUAUCCGUAUAACAAUGAUAAUGGACAUUAUGAUGGCUCAUUAUUUUACCUAGAGGGAGCAUAUAUAAAGAAAAGAGAACAGGACCAAGGAUGCUCCCCUGAGGUACACCAUACUCAACAUCAAAUGUCUGUGAUACAAACUCACCUAGGCUAACAAAGAAUUUCCUGUCAGACAAGUAAGAACGAAACCAGUCAAGCACAAUGGUAAAUAAGAAUCAGUAAGAUAUAAUCAAGUGGUGGUUUUAUCUAAGCAUAUGUGAAAGGAGAGAGAAAACGGAGAGGGAAAAAGGGUAGGGAAAAAAUAACUGAAAAAGAACUAAUACUUGGACUACAUCAUUAUCAUAAAAUGGUGGAAUCCACUCUGGAGGUGGAAAAAGUUGUCAGGAAGUCUUUUUGUUCUGUUUCUGGAUUCAGGGAUGUGGCUGGAGUCCAGGCUGCUGUUGUGUUGAGCUUGACCGUGCCAAGGCCUCUCAUGUCACGGUAAUAGUGGCAGGACAACGGUGACAGCAAGCAGCAUAACUAAAAACAGUCUGGCAGAUUAAAAAAUUACAGAAGUUUCAAAAGUUUACAAAGCUGCUGGAGAUUUAAAAACGUGAAUAAAAUGUGAUGAACUGACUAUUCAGGUCUCAACUCUGAGGUUUAAAACAAGGUACUGUCUAAGCUGCUGAUUGUCCCAACCGACCCCGCUCUCCCCUAUAGUAUAAUAUAUAAUAGUAAUAGAAGAAUUGUUUAAUGAUAAAAGUAUUUGGUAUGUAUUUAAAGUUUGGUCCAAACUGUAGCAAGAGAGACAGAAGACAAUUGGAGCUGUGAAGUAAAACAACUAUUUCAGUACGACGACGACCAAAAAUACACAAAACAAGGAGAUAAUUACAGUUAUUACAUUUCUACAUUAAUUAUGAAACUCAGUGUUCAUUGUUUUAAAAAUCCCAGCUGUGAUGUUGCAGCUGUUUCUGGGCACUCACCCUGUGUAUUUGGAUGUGUAUUUACAGCCUGUUUGGGUUUAUAUAAGCAAUAAAUUGACUGAUUCACAUGAAACAGAUUCGUCAGGGUCCAUCGUGUCCUCUGCUCUGCUGUUUGGAAAUCAUUGUGGUCAUUACAAGUCUUUCCCCAUUUGUAAGAAUAAAAUAAAUGUCCCCUGUGUUUGUGUUUUGAAUGUAUUUUUGUCUUUUAUAAAUAAAGUUUUGAUAAAGA